ACAACAGAACUACCGCAACAACAAAACUCACAAUUAACCCCCCACCUAACUAAAAACACCGUCAUCGAUCAUGUCAUCCCAAUCUUCAAUCUCUUCUCAAUCCACCACCGCGUCGGCCGCUGUGCUUUCGGUCCAGACCGCCAUUUUGCAGUUGGGAAUUGUCAAGGAAGAGCUAAGCAACCACUCGCAAGUCGAAAUGGAUGUAUUGAAACUUCAGGACGAAAAAUUCUCGCUUCAAACCUCUAUUUGGACACUCCAAAAGGAAAAGAAGUCGUUGGAAGAAUCCAUCACGGAGCUGCAACACCAGGAGACGCUCGCAAAAGACGAUGGGUCUUCGCAGGGAAGCGACGAUUCCACCCACUUAUCCGCAGGCAUCCCAGAACAUGUCGUUGUACCAAAAGGCAAAAGCAACCUUGAGAAAACACAGAAGAUCUCCCCCACGAAACGAAACGGCUCCCCCAAAAAGUGGCGACGUAUGAUUCGCACCAACAGGCUCCGAUCCAUCUACUUCCGUUGAAGAAGGAGAAACCCAAACGUCGCAAUAUCAUCGGCUGAAGAAGGAGCAUCGCAACACACACACACAACAUCCGGCGUCAUCACUAGGCUUUCACAAAAAACUAAUUUAUCUCAGUUUUAAAUGGUUGAUUUUUCUGGUU